GUUUGGACGCCACAGUAGCAAUGCAGCUGCAGCACGUGAGUGUGUGUGUGUGUGUGUGUGUGUGUGUGUGUGUGUAUAUACCCCUUCCACAAGCGAGCUAAGAGUCCGAAGAACAAGGACAGGAUAGCCUUCACUCUACAAAAAAGCUUUUGAAUCUGAACCGUAAACAUUCCACCAGUGAGAAAUAAUGACCGCCAUUAAUUCACCACGAGACAGGUAUAAUGCUGUAUGGAUUAUAUUUUUCAUCCUGGGCCUGGGAACUCUUCUGCCAUGGAACUUCUUCAUGACUGCCAGCAUGUACUUCACCAGCCGUCUCAGAGAUCCUCCUAUAAAUGCAGAUGGUCAGAACCUGACCCUCAAUGGCACACUGGUAGAAGGUGACACGCGCAGCGUCCUGGAAUCGAUAUUCAACAACGUGAUGACCUUGUGUGCCAUGGUGCCACUGCUCAUCUUCACCUGCCUUAAUUCCUUCAUUCAUCAGAGGAUUCCUCAGAAAUGGAGGAUCUCCGGCAGCCUCUCUGUGAUCCUGCUGGUGUUUCUGAUCACCGCAGUGUUGGUCAAGGUGGACAUGGCCCCUCUGCCCUUUUUCACCUUCACCAUGAUCAAAAUCAUCUGCAUCAACUCUUUUGGUGCGAUUCUGCAGGGGAGUCUCUUUGGGCUGGCAGGAAUGCUUCCAGCUUCUUAUACUGCUCCCAUCAUGAGCGGCCAGGGAUUCGCUGGAACAUUCGCAGCCUUUUCCAUGAUCUGUGCACUCGCCAGUGGCUCAGCGCUGCAGGACAGUGCUUUUGGCUACUUCAUCACUGCCUGUGUUGUAAUUGUUCUGGCCAUCAUUUCUUACUUUGCCCUGCCCAAAAUGGAAUUUUUCAAGUAUUACGCAGACUCCAGUAGCCCCAAACCUUGCAGCGAAGAGGAAAACAAUAUGGACCUGUUGAACAAAGAAAACCCAGGGGAGAAGCCCGCAGUAGUGAGUCUGGCUGAUGAGGAGACCACACAUACCAUCUCUGUGUUUGCCAUCUUUCAAAAGAUCAGGGUGAUGGCCCUUUCAGUGUGCUUUGUCUUCACCAUCACUAUUGGAAUAUUCCCUGCUGUGACUGUGGAUGUGAAGUCCUCUGCGGCUGAAGAUGGUGUUUGGAAAAACUACUUCAUUCCCGUGUUCUGCUUCUUGCUCUUUAACUUGAUGGACUGGGCUGGAAGAAGCUUAAUUGCAAAGUGCACAUGGCCUGGGAAAGACAGCAAAUGGCUGCCUGUGCUGGUGAUACUUCGUGUCAUAUUCAUCCCCCUCUUCAUCCUGUGUAACGUGCAACCCAGAAACAACCUGCCCGUUUUUUUCGCUCAUGACGCCUGGUACAUCGUUUUCAUGAUCAUCUUCUCAUUCAGCAACGGCUACCUAGCCAGCCUGUGCAUGUGCUUCGGACCCAAGAAAGUGGCCCAGCAUGAAGCAGAAACAGCUGGGGCCAUCAUGGCCUUCUUCCUGUCCUUGGGUCUGGCGCUGGGAGCUGCGCUGUCCUUUGGCAUCAGGGCAAUGAUCUAGAACCUUUGACUCAGUACAUACCGCCUUCUAGGGGGAAGGACAGAAACAUUGCCAAACUGCUCAACACGUUGCCAUUUGGAAACACACGGAUUUAGUAUUUAAUCGGGCUUCCGAGUUCAACAGAACUGCUGCUCUGCCGAAACAGAAAAUAACACUUAUUCAGAAGGAAUGUGUUCCAUGUGUUCCAUGGAAACCUGUUCUUUAGAAACCUGGAGCAGACACUGUGGACGGGGUUGGUGUUGGAAAGAACAAUUUACCACAAACUGUUCGAUCAAAAGCCAUUGUGUAAGCCAAAAAAAAAAAAAAAGCAAUUUAUUAGCUUACGUUUUUUUUUUCCUUCUUUCUUCCUGGGUGUUCAGAGUUAGUUAUUUUCUUCAGUUUGAAGUAGUAACAGAAUGAUCAUAGAAUCAUUUGUUUAUUGAAUGUGUUUUGUUGUAUUUUAGGCUCAUAGCUUUUUUAUUUAACAUUAUUUUUAAGAAGUGCUAGUACUAAUAUAGAACCUCGCUAAAAAAAAAAAAAAGGGCAGUAGUUAGUUACACUACACUGUAACAGGGCUUGUGUUUGUGCUGAUGAAGUAACAGGCACCAUGUUUAUUUCUCCUGUAACUGCAUCUGGUCACAGAAUUAUUUUUAAUGGAAUAUAUUUUUAAUAUUUUUUUUUUACGUGUAUUAUCAUGUUGGUUUAGUUAAGAAGAGCAUAAAGCUUUAAAGGUGUACUGCAACUUUUUUUUUAAUCAUCAGCAAUGUGUGGGGAAAAUACUGAGGAUGUACAGUAUUUGCUCUGAACAAAUACUCAGGUCAGGUUAAAUCUCACUUAUUAUACAAGGCAGUAAAUAAAAUUUUAAGAGAUGGGACUUUUUUUUUUUUGGAAACAUUUUUGGUUCUGCAUUACCAACCUAGUCAGCGUACCACAAUAAAAAAAAAGUGCCAGCAGUAAAAAGAAAGUGCAACCAGAAUAACUUUUUUUGGUAAGACCUUCUGUCUGCCAAACCUUUGUUAGUGUGCCAAGAUUGUAAUUUUAAAUCCCAGUUAUGUGAGAUGUAUUUAAAAACAUUUAUUAUCGAGGUUUAUAGGUUCCAUUUGGAGUUAGUUUUGUGUAAACAGGUUUUCCGUUCUUCUCUUGUACUCCUGUAUGUGUGGUGUGCACUCCCGCUCUAUAGAUGUGAUAGAUAAAGAUUAAGGUUAAACAGUCAGUGUGCUCAUUAAAUAGCUGCCAGUUCUCAUGUUUCAUUACAGCAGACCUUUAUUUUCAUCAUACCAGUGAUUCAGCACACUGCACUGCCUUGGUUGUGGUGUCCUCAAUAAAACCUGAGCGGAAUUCUCUGCUAAAUUAA